UUUCUUUUUAAUUCCGCGGUUGAAUUGUAGUAGGAUGUAAAAACCAGAAUUGGACAGUAAAUGACAGCUAACUGGGAGUACCAGGUUAGCGGGCUAGCUCGCUUGUUGAGGUAAUGGAACGUGCUACAGCGUCAAAAUGCGGAUGGAAAUAUUAAUACACGGUGUCUAAUGUUAAAAAUAACAGUCUGGAUAAGUUGUCUGUUAUUUCAGAUGGUAGUGCGUUGUUGUGCUUUUUUAGUUAAAGAGUUCUUCAACUUCAUGUGCAGGGCUUGGGGCUAAUGUGGUGCAGCUGCAUUGAAAGUGGCACCUGUUUGCUAUGGCAUCAUCCCCCUUCCCCCUUUUCACUGCCCUGGUACUCCUGACAUCUCUCCCUCUGCGGUCCUGUUUCUCACUUGAUUCUCCAACUCCCCUGCGCUCCUGUGAGCCUGGGCGCUCGUGGGUGGUGCAGCUGAGCCACAGUUCUGAGCCACAUGAAGACUCCCUGGAUGAGCUGGCUAAACGUGUGGCACUGGAGGCUGGGCUUGAGAGCCACGGGCAGAUCGGGCAGCUCCAUGGCCACUACCUGCUCUGCCAGGUGACGGACGAAGAGGAACACCCCCCAGCAGCUGGCCAGACAUUAGACGCCCACCCUCACGUGGUCUGGCACUCGCAGGAGAACAUUCUGCGCAGGUCCAAGAGGGGCUUGAUGUUCAACGAUCCCAAAUACCCAAGCCAGUGGCAUUUGCACAAUGAUGUGAGGCGCGGCAUGGACAUCAACGUGACCGGCGUGUGGGAGCAGAACAUCACCGGUGCAGGCGUCACCGUGGUCGUAGUGGACGAUGGCUUGCAGCACACACUGGAGGACAUUCAGCCCAACUAUUCUCCAGAAGGCAGCUAUGAUCUGAAUUCGAACGAUCCGGAUCCAAUGCCACACCCAGACUCGCACAGCGAUAAUCACCACGGCACACGCUGUGCAGGCGAGAUCGCUGCAGUGCCUAACAACAGCUUCUGUGCUGUGGGAGUUGCAUACGGCAGCAAGGUGGCAGGUAUCAGAGUUCUGGAUGGACCCCUCACGGACAGCAUGGAGGCCGUGGCUUUUAAUAAACAUUACCAGGUCAACGAUGUUUACAGCUGCAGCUGGGGACCAGAUGACGAUGGACGGACUGUUGAUGGACCACAUCCCCUGGGCCAGGCAGCACUAAAACAUGGAGUUCUAGCUGGCAGAAGAGGCUUUGGGAGUAUCUUUGUUGUCGCCAGUGGCAAUGGAGGCUUGUAUAAUGACAACUGCAACUACGAUGGCUAUGCUAACUCUAUCUACACAGUCACUAUUGGAGCAGUAGAUGAGAACGGGAAGAUGCCAUUCUACGCAGAAGAGUGUGCUUCCAUGCUGGCUGUGACUUUCAGCAGCGGAGGAAGACAACUGCGCAGCAUCGUGACAUCAGACUGGUCACUCCAGCAGGGGACAGGCUGUACUGAAGGGCACACAGGUACGUCAGCAGCAGCUCCUUUGGCAGCUGGCAUGGUGGCACUGAUGCUGCAGGUGCGACCCUGCUUAACGUGGCGAGACAUUCAGCACAUCAUCACGUACACGGCUACACAGUAUGACACGGAUGUAGAUUGGGAGACCAACGGCGCCGGCUUCCACCACAGCCACAAGCAUGGGUUCGGCCUGCUCAAUGCCUGGAGACUGGUCAAUGCUGCCAAGGUUUGGGAGACCGUGCCGCUCCUGGCGUCUUAUCAGAGCCCAGUUUUAAGAGAAGGAGGGACAAUCCCAGCUUUUCCGAACAAACUUAUCCUCACCUGGAAUGUCACAGCUGUAGAUCUCAGACAAUCAGGCAUAGAGACCUUAGAGCAUGUGGCUGUUAUGGUGACGAUAACUCACCCACGACGUGGAAACAUCGAGAUUGUGCUCGUCUGCCCAAGCGGAAUGACCUCGCUCAUCGGAGCCAAAAGAGCCUUGGACACAGAUGCCACUGGAUUCACAGACUGGACUUUCUCCACUGUACGGUGCUGGGGAGAGAAAGCUGUAGGCCAGUACAUGCUCCACGUCACUGACCACAGAGACGCAUCAUAUUCUCUGGGCACUCUGAAGCACUGGAAGCUCACUCUGUACGGCUCGGAGAUGUCCUUCCAGGAAGUGUUGAACAGACAGAGGUUUGUGGAGGAGGCGAUGAGUGGCCAGUUUCUGAACAGCAAUUUCUCAAUGCCGUGUCCACCUGGCUUGGACAUUCCUCCCGAAGUGGAGCUCCCAUUUACCUCCAACACCCUCAAGAUUUUGCUGCUCUUGGGCUGCUUCGCUCUCUGCUGGUCCCUGUACUACAUGCUGGAGCUGAUGCUCACCCACUUGCACUGGCGUGGGACUGCCGCUGCAAAAGACGGCCAGUUUCUGGAAAUGCAGAUGCUGACGGACUUAGAGGCCAAAAUGCCCCUCAUAGGAAACGAUGACGACACGUAGCACUCAGGUGGGGGGGGAGCAAAAACAGGAAGUGAUGUAACUGCCGCACCUUAAUCAAGCUGAGCUAGUCCCUGUAUACACACUGGCCAGUUUCAAGUGCUCGGUCCAGAACUGUAAGGUGAUUAGCUGUGAUGUUUAUUAGGGUUUCGUGGACCUUUCAGUGCAUCCAGUGAUGUGCUUUUCGUGUUGAUUCUGAAGCUGCACACUGUUCCAUUGGGGCACAUCGGGGUUUAACUAAACAAUGUAUUAGCAAGAAUCAAAGUGUUUACAGCAGGAGCAGAAUCCUGCUUUUGAAGUUAACAAAUUACUUGAUGUUGCUGGUACUGUGGAUAUUCUCUCUUAUAUGUGUGUACAGUAUUUGUGUAUUUGUGUGCGUGUGUGAGUGCGUGUGUGAACAUGAAUGAAGAGAAUGGGUGUAUGGUGCUUUCAGAUCUGUUCCAGAGAGAAAGAGCGCUAUAUUUUUAUUAAAUUAUACUUUUUUGCUGGUUUUGUUCUUUAGAUUUAUAUAUUGACUGGGUCAAGUUAAAACAAUGCAUCCAGCAUUUUUUUUUUUUGUUUUUUUUUUUUUGCCCAAAGCUUUAACCUUAUAAAUGGGAACAAUGAGCGAUUAAUUUGGCAAUACAUGUAAUAUACAGAUAUUUCUAUAAGAACGGAUGCCUUUUGAGAUGUGAGUCUUUUUACUGAGGUGAAGUGUUUUACCUGUUUGACAAUCCAAAGACAAAAAUAUGAUCAACAGCUGGUCUGAAUAAAGUCAAUAAAGUCAUUUUGGCUGAA